AUGUUUAUCUUGCCGAGAUUAGACCUUGCCAUUGGUCUUAGUCCCAGCAAUCACCAGGUAACAAUCGAUGCAAAGUGUGAGACAACCGUAUUAAAAGACAGACUUGCGACUGUGGACUUACCAGAGAAGCUUAAUCAAAGAGCCAACGAGAAGCUAGGACACAACGAUCCACCUGUACUGGGGAAUAGUCGAGGUUCGUUUUCUUCUGGUGGCACAAAGAAAUUCACAGAUUUUCUUUUGUUCACGGGCUAUCCGCAUGGCUCUGGAAUGACAAAAUACAUUUCCUUAUCGGUCUCAUUGUUCAAGUGGUACAUGUCUAAAGAAAGUGACAAGUCUGGCUUCAAAAGGUUCUUUGAAAAGCACUUGCCAUGUAGAGAUUUCACUGGGAUGGAUGUAACUUUCCUCAUUGCACGACAGGGCUCUUCAAAUCCAAGGCUAGGCUGGGUAGGUGUAUCUUUGAUCUAA